AUGACAGCCCGUCCUGAACAAAACGAUCUGGCGAUAUAUUUCCGCUCCCUGCACCAGCCAGGACGACCAUUGCUACUCACGAAUGUAUACGAUGCAGCAACAGCCUCCAUAAUCGCCGACAGCCCCUCGACAAAGGCCAUUGCAACGGCUAGCUACGCCAUCGCCGCGUCGCAGGGGAUCGAGGAUGACAAAUUAACCCUGUCUCAGAACCUCACUGUCGUGCGUCCUAUUGCUGGCGUUGUCGCCGGCAAAAGAAACCUCCCAUUGACAGUCGACAUCCAAGAGGGAUACGAAGACGUCGCCAGUACAAUCAAAGAACUCAUCUCUCUUGGAGCGGUGGGCUGCAACCUGGAGGACAUGGAUAGUGCCAGCGGCCAGCUGCGGUCGAUGCCAGACGCCGUUAGCCGCAUCAAGCGGGCCCUCCAAGCUGCACGCGAAGCGGGGGUGCCCGAUUUCGCCAUCAAUGCACGCACAGAUGCCCUCAUCACCGGCGGAUCGCUCAACGAGGCCAUCGAAAGGGGCAAGGCUUACUUGGAAGCUGGGGCGUGCACCGUGUUUGUCUGGGGCGGCGCGGCGCGGGGAGUCUCGAGAGACGAGGUUGUCAAGCUGGUUGAUGCGUUUGCAGGGCGACUGAAUGUCAAGUUGGUGCCCAGAGAGGGAUUCUUAACAGUGCCUGAAUUGAAGACUCUGGGCGUGGCGCGCAUCAGCAUGGGGCCAGAGCUCUGGCGAGCUGCCAUGAGCGCGUUCAAGGAAAAGGCGGAGAUGAUAUGGAAAUCAGCGGGGGAUUUCAUCAUGGGAUCAACCUCCUUUCUACCAGUCGACAACCCCACUCGACCGUUCUGGCGACUGCAACCGCAUCCGCUGGACGAGUUGCGAUCGACUCCAGACCUCCCCGAGCAAAGUGAUAUUGUGAUUAUCGGUGCUGGCUACACUGGAAUUAGCACUGCGUAUCACCUUCUGAAGCUUCUGGGGAGCCAUGACAAGCCUUACCCCGCAAUCACCAUCCUCGAGGCAAGACAGAUAUGUUCUGGUGCAACAGGACGGAACGGUGGUCAUCUACGCCCCGAUGUCUACAACCAGAUUCCGAUGUAUAUUGAGAGGCACGGGGUGGAUGCUGGGACGGAGAUCGCCGAGUUCGAACUGAGCCAUCUGCAGGCCAUCAAGAAACUGCUCGUAGAGGAGGGAAUUGACUGUGAUUAUAAUAUCACAUGGAAUAUGAAUGUCUAUCUCAAUGACGAGGACGCCGAAAAAGGGAGAAAGACUUAUGAAGCGUUAGUGGCCUUGGGGCUGUCUUUCACCGACGAUUUACAGUUCACCUCGAAAAAGAACGCCGAGGGGGUCUCUGGGGUGAAAGGUGCCAAGGCCUGUCUCUCCUACACGGCCGCAACGCUGUGGCCGUACAAACUCAUCAUGGGUCUGUUGUCGAAGACGGUGGACUCCAACGCCAUCAAUGUUCAAGCACUCACGCCGGUGACUUCUGUCACUUCCGAUGAUUCAGGCCAUGUGGUCAACACGCCGAGAGGGUCCAUCCGCACCUCCAAAGUCGUCUACGCCUCCAACGCCUACACAUUCGGGCUCCUGCCAGAGUACACCACCAGCAUAGUGCCAUCCCGCGGCAUCAUCUGCCACAUUGACGUGCCCGAGGGCAAACAGGCACCCUUUCUACCUUAUUCGUAUGUAGUCCGAAGCGAAGACGGCAAGGGGAACAGCUACCUGAUCUCGCGCCCGGAUGGGAGUAUCAUCGUGGGAGGUGCGCACUACACUUUCCAUGAUGAUAAACCGCAGUGGUUUGGAGUGAUCGAUGACAGCACUUUGAUCGAGCCGACGAAAGACUACUAUCAUGGUUACAUGCAACGGAUCUUCAAAGGAUGGGAGGACACGGGGGCGUAUGUGAAGGAGAUGUGGACAGGAAUCAUGGCUUAUUCAUAUGAUACGAACCCACACGUCGGAGAAGUCCCAGGACGACCGGGGCAGUAUAUCUGUGCUGGGUUCACUGGGCACGGAAUGCCGGUGAUCUACCUUGCGGCAAAAGGUCUUGCGGAGAUGGUUUACAACGGCAAGCCGUUCGAGGAGAUUAAGCUCCCACGGCUGUACAAGACAACUGCUGAACGCAUCAAGGAGGCACAGGAAGGGCCGGAAGGGGGCGACAUCUUGAACCUGACGAGACGGGCGUAA